AUGAUCGAGCCUAACAAAUCAAUCACUUUCCCGGCCCCUGAGGAUCCAUUAGACGCUGUCGUCGCAAUUCUAUCACACCAAAAAUCAAAGAACCACUAUAUCUACGAACGAGAAGAAACAUGGUAUAUCGGGCUAGACAGCUACGCUUCCCUGAUCGUGAGCUCCAAUGGUGCACAACUGACCCGGUCUUUCCGAAAUGAAGACGAACAGGCCUUCUCGAUUACUGAGCCUCUACCUGUCCUUGCGCGGGACUUCAUCUCGGAUUACUCCUCCCACAGCAAUAUCUUUGGUCACGUCGGGUUCAAUUACUCGGCUCAUGUCUUUGGUCAGCCGUAUGUGCCUGGGCAAUGGCCGCUGCUAAGUCUUAUGGUGCCGUGCACCCAGGUGGCCGUUUCUCGAGAUGGGAUAACCGUAUCUGGCCAUGUGGAGGAGGAGAUUCGAUCAUUGUGCAAAUUCUUGAAGGUCUACCUCUCGCAUGCAAGUCCAGCGAAAGAUACGAAGCCCGCCUGCGAAAUGAUGAUCGAUCUCCGGGUCAAUGAAACCGAGUACAAGGAUCGAGUUUCCACCGCAGUAUCGGAGAUCCAAUGUGGGCACUACGCCAAGGUCGUUCCGUCGCGCAUCGUGCAUCUUCCGGGCCGGGUGGACAUGCUGGCCACGUUACAGCACGGCCGUCGCUCGAAUACCCCGGCUCGAACCUUCUCCUUCAAUCAUAGGGGCUUCCAAGCUACUGGCUUUAGUCCUGAGUUGAUCGUAUCGAUCACGGGUCGCGAUGUCCGUACGGAAGCAGUAGCCGGGACGCAGUUGCGCGACAACACGACAGAUCCCAACGGCGCUCCGAGUGGACUGUUAAACGACCCCAAAGAGGUGAUGGAGCAUGUCGACGCCAUUAGAGGCUCCAUGAAACGGCUCACGCGGGUCUGUUCCCCGAGAACCAUCGCUGUCAGCGACUUCCUAUCGGUCGUGGAUCGCGGAAACGUCCAGCAUCUCUGCUCCCAUGUUUCCGGACGUCUCUUCCCGGAUAAAGAUGGCUGGGACGCUCUGCCGGGACUAGCGAUUGCUGUGCCAGGGGAUGAAGCGCGCUGUAUCUCGAAGGAAGAGGCUAUGCAUAAAUUCGAGCCCGUGCCGCGAGAACUGUACUGUGGAGCUAUGGUUAUGAUUGAUCCGAGCGCGGAUUUCUUUGAGGCGACCCUCGCUUUGCGCAGUGUGUUUCAGGAUCAGAAGCGUCAGUGGCUUCAGGGCGGAGCUGGCAUAUCUGCUCAUUCGGAUCCUGAUCGCGAGUUUGUGGGAACGUGCGAGAAAUUGGCUAGUGUUGACCCUUAUGUGGUUCCGGAAUCGCCGCUCUGUCGAGAAGGUGAGCGAUGGAAACGGUCAACAUAA